AUGUCUCACCUAACUGCCCUCAAAGCCUACCUCCCAUGGAUUCAAACCCCCCUCGUGGCUAACGCUCCCAUGAGCGGCAGCGCAAAAAGUAAGCUGGCGAUCGCCGUGACACGCGCGGGCGGCCUAGGCCAAAUCGGCUUCCUGGAUGACAUGCAUGAACUAUUGACCGAGCUGGAAAGCACCAAAAAGGGUCUUGAAGAGUCGGGGUUCAACACUUCGAAGACGCUUCCCAUUGGCUUGGGCGUUAUCGUCUUCGGCUCGUCGAUGCAUGCCUGGAUGCCACUCUUCGAGAAAUAUAAGCCGGCUGUGGCCUGGCUUUCUUUUGCCGAUACGGAUACACUGAGUCAGUGGACUGAAGGUGUUCGGAAAUCCUCGCCUGAGACUCGGGUCUGGGUGCAAAUCGGAAGCGUUGCUGCUGCUGUUGAUGUAGCGCAGGCCUGUCAUCCUAAUGCACUUGUUCUGCAAGGCGGGGAUGCUGGAGGUCAUGGACAUGAGAACGGUGCUAGCAUUGUAUCUCUUUUCCCCGAGAUUGCUGAUGCACUUCACUAUCUUGGACUUGGUGAUAUUCCACUCAUCGCUGCUGGUGGAAUUGUCGAUGGGCGGGGAUGUGCUGCGGCACUGACUCUUGGUGCCGCUGGGAUCGUCAUGGGAACAAGGUUUCUCGCUGCCGAGGAAACUUCCAUUCCUAAUAUUUAUCGGGAUGCAGUCUUCGAAGCGUCUGAUGGAGGUCGAACAACAGCCCGAUCGCGGGUUUUUGAUGAGGUCUGGGGUCCGAACUUCUGGCCUGACAUUUAUGAUGGGAGAUGUCUUCGGAAUAAAAUAUACGAACACUAUAAGAAUGGAGUUGACGUGAGGAAAAUUCAGAGUUGGAUUUCUGAAGCGAUGAAUGGUCCUGAUUCUGUGAACUUGGAUACGAAAGACAUGGGUAGCAUUUGGGCUGGAACGGGCGUUGGACUAGUGAAGAAACAGGAGAAGGCGGCAGUGAUCAUUGAUGAGGUGAGAGGAGAUGCGCGGAAGUAUUUGAAAAGGGCCUCGCUGUGUCUAUAA